AUGCCUCCCUCAGCAGCUAUGCUGCGCACCUCAAUCCGCCAAUUCUCUUCCCGGACGCCAAAACCAGAAACACGCACUGAUAAGAUCCUCACAAUGUCUGGUAUCGUCUCUCUAGUCGUGGUUCCGUUCAUCCCACCUGCUAUCGAAAGCUCCCGCGAGAAGAAGCUCGGGAACCCACAUUCGAAUAGAUAUCCUCCUCUCUGCUUCCACUCUCGCUAG